GGGGUGUACCAGAGGGGGCGGAGAGGCCCCGGGGUUAGGGGGGGUACAGGCGGCACCUCCCCCCGGACCUCUCACCCUCCUCCCCCGCCUCAGAGUGAGUGUGCCCGGGCACGGAGAUGAUGAUGAUGAUGAUGAUGUGGGCCGCCGCUGUGGUGCUGGGGGCGCUCCUCCUGCUGCUGGUGCUGUGGCCCCGGGGGCCCCGGGCGCUGCGGCUGCUGUUGGAGGACGUGCGCUUUGCGGUGCGGGCGGCGCGGCUGAAGCGUAGUGUGCGGCGCUGGAUGGGGCAGGGGGCGCACUCUCUCCCGGGGCUCUUCCAGCUGCAGCUCCGCCGCCGCCCGGACGCCGUCUUCCUCCGGUACCGGGAGCAGAGCCUGACCUACCGGCAGCUGGACGCGCGGAGCUCCCGGGCGGCGGCGGCUCUCUCCCCGGCUGGCCUCGGCCCCGGGGACACGGUGGCGCUGCUGCUGGGGAACGAGCCCCGCUUCCUGGAGGCCUGGUUCGGGCUGGCCAAGCUGGGGGUGAUCGCUGCCUUCCUCAACGUCAACGUCCGGAGAGGGGCCCUGAGGCACUGCCUGGGGGCCAGCGGCCGGGGCCUCAUCACCAGCCCAGAGCUGUUUGAGGCGGUGCUGGAGAUUCUCCCUGAUGUGCGGAUGAUGGGAAUCGCAGUCUGGGUGAUGGGCCCCGGUGAUUACCCCGCCGGUGUUACAAAUCUCCAUGAUCUGAUGGAAUCGGCCUCGGAGAGCCCCCCACCAGCCCACCUCGGAGUUCCACAGAGCCCAAUGGAUACUGCCAUCUGCAUCUUCACGUCUGGGACCACAGGUUUGCCGAAAGCCGCACGUAUCAGCCACCUGAAGACUUUAAUGUGCUGCGGCUUCUACCAGCUGUGCGGGGUUGGUGCUGAUGAUGUCAUCUACAUGUCGCUGCCGCUUUACCACAAGGCCGGAGCCUUGCUGGGGAUAGGUGGCUGCAUCGGCGUUGGGGCUUCGCUGGUCCUGAAGGAACGAUUCUCUGCCAGACAGUUCUGGAGCGACUGCUGCAAAUACAACGUGACAGUAUUCCAGUAUAUUGGGGAGCUGUGCCGAUACCUCACCAACCAGCCACAGUGUGAGGAUGAGCGGAGACAUAAGAUACGCCUGGCUGCGGGUAGUGGUCUGCGCCCUGAUGUCUGGAGAGAUUUCACGCGUCGAUUUGGGAAUAUUCAGAUCUUUGAGACGUACGGUAUGACAGAGUUCAAUGUCAGUUUCUUCAACUACACCGGGACUCCUGGAGCUGUCGGACGAGGCACCUUCAUCUUCAAGAGUUUCUGUCCCUUCAGUCUCAUCCGGUAUGACACCCAGGAGGGGGCGCCAGUGAGAGGAACGCAGGGGAGGUGCAUUGUCACUGACGCAGGAGAGACUGGCCUGCUCAUCUCCCCGGUCACCCCCAUGUCUCCGUUCCUGGGGUACGUUGGCAGCCGGGAGCUGUCGGAGAAGAAGCUGUUGAGAGACGUCUUUCAGGCAGGAGACUGUUACUUUAACACGGGGGACCUGAUGAUGCAGGAUGACCUGGGCUUCGUGUAUUUCCGAGACCGGACCGGAGAUACGUUUCGGUGGAAGGGGGAGAACGUGGCCACCACUGAAGUCUCUGAGAUCAUGAGCGGACUGGAGUUUUUCCAGGAGGUCAAUGUGUACGGCGUGAGCGUCCCAGGGCAUGAGGGCAGAACGGGCAUGGCUGCUGCUACCCUGCGCCCUGGGCACAAGCUGGACUUGGAUCGAGUAUUCACUCAUGUGGUGGAGUUCCUGCCGUCAUACGCACGCCCCCGCUUCCUGAGGAUCAAGGAUCACAUGGAUUCCACUGGGACUUUCAAGCAGCAGAAGCAGCGCCUGGUUGAAGAUGGCUUCUCCCCAUUGAGCAUUGAGGACCCUCUCUACCUCCUGGACGAGGUUUCCGGCACCUACGUGCCACUCACAGAGGAUCUGUACUCACGGAUUAUCGCCUCUGAGUUCCGAGUGUAGUGGAGAGAUGUGCGAAUAUGACCGUCGCACCGGAUCCAUCCUCAUCAGUCAGCGCGUCUGCGACUCUGCCGACCAGCGAGGCUGCUGUAGACCUGGUUCACCAUCACUAAUUCCGCUCUCGCCACAUAUAUUGUUACCGCGCGGCUCCUGCUGCCCGUGUCCCGCUCAUUGUAUGGGUCCAAGGAUGGCUCUCUGCUCCUUGUAUUAGACCAGAAGUCACAUUUUCUAUGUUAGAAACAGAAGUAUCUAGAUACUAGAUCUCAUUAGUCCAGACACAUUCCAGGCGGCGGCUCUGAUGGCGGAGAUGUGCCAUGCUUCUGUAUGGACCCCAUACCCUACUGCCUGCGAUGGGUGGAGACCUCUCUGUCUUAGCACAGUAAGGAAUAGUUAUAGCUGUAGGAUAGAGAUAAAAGAUGGCUGCUUUCUUUACUACCAGACUACUGCUCAGUCUGUCUCCUCCCUCUCAGGUGCCUAGAAUGCCUCCGACAUUGUGGGAGCCAAGUACAAAUCUAUAUAUCAUUCCCUGCUGGAAGUAGUCUGCACACCCUGGGCCUCAUUCACACUAAAGAGCAAAUCCAAAAAAAGGAGCAAUUCGCACUUUUGCAAAACCGUGUUGCACUGCGGGGGUGGAGGAGGGGGCGGAUGUAACAUGUAGAGAGAUUAGAAGGAAGGUGUAAUAGCUUAAUUUUAAAUUGCAUCGUAAAAGUGAAGCUUCUCCGUAUUCGCGGGCUACAUGCAGAGGCAGCCAGUAUUUACCCUGCAUGCACACAUCAUUUACACCCCUUGCAGUGCAGCGUGGUCUUCCCCGGAGCAGGUUGCUCCUUACUUUUAUUUGCUCAAAUCCCGGCCCAAAGUAUUGGCUCAUCGGCAGAUCCAGCAGAACAGGCCGAAAUGCAACAUGAAGGUCACCAGCAUCGCUGGGAGUACCACUGUUCUGCUGUAACGCCGUGUACAAGGCUCUGACUGUUACAGAAUGUUAUAGCGUUACUGACCGCCCACUAGCACUUGCGAUAUAGCGUCUAUCCGUAUCGGCACCAUCGCAUUCCCCAUCAUCGCUCAGCUGCGCAGCCCCGCGGUUGGUCCCAGGUUCUGUUUUGGAAUAUUGUUAACGAGCUGGGAUUUUGUAGGGAUUUCCUUAAAAUUGGUCUGUUACUGGCCCUUCACAGACUGGUGUUUGGUAGCUCACCUGUGCAGCUGAGCCUUUUCCUAAAGAGGACCAUCCUAUAGUAUUAAUACAUACAAAGUAACUCGCUGUAACACAGACUGCAGAAGAUUGGGUGUGGCUUAUUCUGCUGGGUGCGCAAUCCUGGGGUGCUGCUUCCCUAUCGCCCCCUGGCUGUAUCCCAGCGGGGACCAUCCUAUAGUAUUACUACAUACAAAGUAACCCGCUGUAACACAGACUGCAGAUGGUUGGGUGUGGCUUAUUCUGCUGGGUGCGCAGUCCUGGGGUGCUGCUCGCCCUGUCGCCCCCUGGCUGUACCCCAGCGGGGACCAUCCUAUAGUAUUUCUACAUACAAAGUAACCCGCUGUAACACAGACUGCAGAUGGUUGGGUGUGGCUUAUUCUGCUGGGUGCGCAAUCCUGGGGUGCUGCUCCCCUAUCGCCCCCUGGCUGUAUCCCAGCGGGGACCAUCCUAUAGUAUUACUGCAAAGUAACCCGCUGUAACACAGACUGCAGAUGGUUGGGUGUGGCUUAUUCUGCUGGGUGCGCAAUCCUGGGGUGCUGCUCGCCCUGUCGCCCCCUGGCUGUACCCCAGUGGGGACCAUCCUAUAGUAUUACUACAUACAAAGUAACCCGCUGUAACACGGACUGCAGAUGGUUGGGUGUGGCUUAUUCUGCUGGGUGCGCAGUCCUGGGGUGCUGCACGCCCUAUCGCCCCCUGGCUGUACCCCAGUGGGGACCAUCCUAUAGUAUUACUACAUACAAAGUAACCCGCUGUAACACGGACUGCAGAUGGUUGGGUGUGGCUUAUUCUGCUGGGUGCGCAAUCCUGGGGUGCUGCUCCCCUAUCGCCCCCUGGCUGUAUCCCAGCGGGGACCAUCCUAUAGUAUUACUACAUACAAAGUAACCCGCUGUAACACAGACUGCAGAUGGUUGUGGUGUGGCUUAUUCUGCUGGGUGCGCAGUCCUGGGGUGCUGCUCGCCCUGUCGCCCCCUGGCUGUACCCCAGUGGGGACCAUCCUAUAGUAUUACUACAUACAAAGUAACCCGCUGUAACACGGACUGCAGAUGGUUGGGUGUGGCUUAUUCUGCUGGGUGCGCAGUCCUGGGGUGCUGCACGCCCUAUCGCCCCCUGGCUGUACCCCAGUGGGGACCAUCCUAUAGUAUUACUACGUACAAAGUAACCCGCUGUAACACAGACUGCAGAUGGUUGGGUGUGGCUUAUUCUGCUGGGUGCGCAAUCCUGGGGUGCUGCUCCCCUAUCGCCCCCUGGCUGUAUCCCAGCGGGGACCAUCCUAUAGUAUUACUACAUACAAAGUAACCCGCUGUAACACAGACUGCAGAUGGUUGGGUGUGGCUUAUUCUGCUGGGUGCGCAGUCCUGGGGUGCUGCUCGCCCUAUCGCCCCCUGGCUGUAUCCCAGCGGGGACCAUCCUAUAGUAUUACUACAUACAAAGUAACCCGCUGUAACACAGACUGCAGAUGGUUGUGGUGUGGCUUAUUCUGCUGGGUGCGCAGUCCUGGGGUGCUGCACGCCCUAUCGCCCCCUGGCUGUAUCCCAGCGGGGACCAUCCUAUAGUAUUACUACAUACAAAGUAACCCGCUGUAACACAGACUGCAGAUGGUUGUGGUGUGCUUAUUCUGCUGGGUGCGCAGUCCUGGGGUGCUGCACGCCCUAUCGCCCCCUGGCUGUACCCCAGCGGGGACCAUCCUAUAGUAUUACUACAUACAAAGUAACCCGCUGUAACACAGACUGCAGAUGGUUGGGUGUGGCUUAUUCUGCUGGGUGCGCAGUCCUGGGGUGCUGCACGCCCUAUCGUUCCCUGGAUGUAUCCCAGCGGGGACCAUCCUAUAGUAUUACUACAUACAAAGUAACCCGCUGUAACACAGACUGCAGAUGGUUGUGGUGUGGCUUAUUCUGCUGGGUGCGCAGUCCUGGGGUGCUGCUCCCCUAUCGCCCCCUGGCUGUAUCCCAGUGGGGACCAUCCUAUAGUAUUACUACAAAGUAACCCGCUGUAACACAAACUGCAGAUGGUUGGGUGUGGCUUAUUCUGCUGGGUGCGCAGUCCUGGGGUGCUGCUCCCCUAUCGCCCCCUGGCUGUAUCCCAGCGGGGACCAUCCUAUAGUAUUACUACAUACAAAGUAACCCGCUGUAACACAGACUGCAGAUGGUUGGGUGUGGCUUAUUCUGCUGGGUGCACAGUCCUGGGGUGCUGCACGCCCUAUCGCCCCCUGGCUGUAUCCCAGCGGGGGCCAUCCUAUAGUAUUACUACAUACAGAGUAACCCGCUGUAACACAGACUGCAGAUGGUUGGGUGUGGCUUAUUCUGCUGGGUGCGCAGUCCUGGGGUGCUGCACGCCCUAUCGCCCCUGGCUGUACCCCAGUGGGGACCAUCCUAUAGUAUUACUACAAAGUAACCCGCUGUAACACAGACUGCAGAUGGUUGGGUGUGGCUUAUUCUGCUGGGUGCGCAGUCCUGGGGUGCUGCUCCCCUAUCGCCCCCUGGCUGUACCCCAGUGGGGACCAGCGUAGUGUCUUAUUGUAUUUUAUAUAGUACUGUCUUUUUUGGUAGCAGUAGAUUUACUGACGGACACAGUACCGACAGCCAUUGACCCAUCAGUCAAAAUGCUGACAUUAUGCCAACAUGUUCAAAAUGCCGCCAUAGUCAGAAUACCUAUGUUUGACAUGCCGACAUGCGUUUUUUAAGGAAUUUUUGCCCCAAAAUAGAUUUGUUCAUACUUCAGCUUCCCAGUGGUCCUGGAGGGGGAAUAUAAUACUGUGCCGAGCGCAGCGAGGGGACGCGGUACAUGUGGAGCUAUGUCGACACUGACACAAAAAAAAACCAGGAAAACUCAUGCCGGUAUUUUGACAUGCCGGCAUUCCAUAUGUCUGUAUUGUGACUUGAACAUGUCUACAUAAUGAAUGUCGGUAUUUUGACUUGAACAUGUUGGCGGCAUAAUGAAUGUCUGUAUGUUGACUGUAGGGCAAUGGCUGUCGGCAGUGAGUCUGUCGGUAAAUCAUACUGAGCCCUGUCUUUCUCUAUACAUUGUCUGUACUUUUUAUACGCCGUUUUGUACUGCUACAGGGUUUCCAUUAAAGACUUUUCAAAGAGCCGGAA